GAUUGGCUGUCGAGUUUUGUUUAGUUGAGGCGCUGCACGAACUCAGUCUUUCCACUUCUUCCUCAAAAACGGACUACAGCCGCCAGGAUCAGAACGGAGCUCGUGGCAGAAAAAGAACCGUUUCUAAAAGUUAAUAAGGACCACGAUUACGCACCUUACUUGGAUAUUUUCCCUAACAUAAAAACAGGAUUUUGAUCACAACAUUAAAGCCAGAAAAAGAAGACCGUUUAGUCUACAUAUAGAUGCCUUGUUAAAUUAGCAUAAGCGUGGCAUUUAUUCUCGGAAACUGUGUUUUGUUGAACCUCGUUAUUGGUCAUCGAACAGGCAAGUUCUAGCUUUGUUGCACUGCUUAAUCUUUUUCCUCUGUCAACGUCAACGUUUGUGAGCCAGCUGUGUUCGUACGUCAGCGCGGGACAGAUGACGACUGAGAGCUCCCACGGGCCACUGCGCCCGACGCCCCCGAUGAGGACCAGUCCAGAGUCCAGCGCGCUGCAUUCAGGACCGAUGAAUACUACAGGCAGCCUGGAGGACCAUGGCACAGUGUCCAAGAAUAAAAAGACUACCUCAGGACUGCGACGCCCGGAGAAACCGCCCUACUCUUACAUCGCACUCAUUGUGAUGGCAAUUCAGAGCGCACCGACAAAGCGACUCACACUUAGUGAGAUUUACCAGUUCUUACAAACACGCUUCCCUUUUUUCCGAGGCUCUUACCAGGGCUGGAAAAACUCUGUUCGGCACAACUUGUCUCUGAACGAGUGCUUCAUUAAACUACCAAAAGGUCUUGGGCGGCCGGGAAAAGGACAUUACUGGACCAUAGACCCCACCAGUGAGUUUAUGUUCGAGGAAGGGUCAUUUCGGCGAAGACCACGAGGAUUUAGGAGAAAAUGUCAGGCCAUGAAACCCAUGUACAGAAUGAUGAACGGCCUCGGGUUCGGUUCCGCCAUUUUACCUCAGAGCUUUGAUUACCAACCUCCCACCGGCGCACUUGCGUGCCACGGCACUGGCUAUAACCUGGACCUGUCUGGUAAUGGUUAUGAGUCAAUAAACAGCGGGCACCACGGUCACAUGUCUCCCAGCUCGAGACAUGGUUAUAUGGCUAGCUGUCCAGUGCCUGGGAACGGAGACUAUGGCGCGGAGAGCAACACCAGCCCAGUCCCGCCUUCUCCUGCCAUAGCGGGCGCACUCGAGGGUCACGCGCCGUAUUCAGAGGGACCAGCAUUAUGGGCUUCUUCUUCAAAUUCUCCAUACCUAAAACAGCCUACUACAGUCUCGACCAAUUCUCCGUCCACGGGGCAGCAUCCAGGCAUAUUCACCUACUCCCUGGAACAGGGUUACAUACAGCAAAGUGCGAGAGACAACACAGACAUGUCAGUGGGUAUAUCGCGCUAUCCGACGCAUUCUUCCCCAGUCGGAGAACGGAAGGACUUCAUGUUGAAUUUUAACGGAAUUACCUCCUUCCACCCGUCUGCUGGUGGAUAUUAUCAUCACCAUCAUCAUCACCAUCACCACCAUCAGAGUAUGCACCAAGACGUCAAACCUUGCGUGAUGUAGUCCGCUUGUUGCGGAACAAGUUGCACAAAGAUAAGCACUUGGAUAGCUGUGAGGUAAAGACAAUUAAUGAAGGAUUAAUAAUUGUACACUCACAAGAUGCUUGGCAAUGUGUGUGUGCGUGUAUUAUUAUUAUUAUUAUUAUUUUUUUGAAAACCAGCGAAAAAGCCCCUGGCGACUUGAUUUGACCUCCCCGCAAGAAGCGCAUAUGAAACAGUUAAACUCAUGAAGUCAUGGACUUGCCACUUUAUGCCUUGUGGUUACAUUUCAAUAGAGUUUGAAUUGAACACAUAUAAGUAUAUUUCACUUAAUCUGUACAGUGCAAUGUGAUGUUAGCAAUAAAACAUUUCAAAGGAAA